AUGGAUUCCUUUAGAGAAUCAAUCAAUAAAACAGACACCGAAAUCAAUGAUAGCACCUUCCAGUUUGAACAGGGAUGGCAAAUGCAACUGAUCUGGUCAUUUAUUUUUGGUUCAAUGAUACUAAUAUCCAUUUUGGGAAAUGUUAUAAUUAUAUCUAUAAUAGCAUCGCAUCAUUCAAUGAGAACUGUUACCAAUUAUUUUUUUCUUAACCUAACAAUUGCUGAUCUUUUGAGCGCUACAUUGAAUGCAACAUUUAAUUAUAUAUUUAUGUUGAGCGGUGACUGGCCUUUUGGACAUAUCUAUUGUGUUGUCAACAAUUUUAUGGCCAAUUUAUUAGUUGCCGUUUCUGUUUUCACCAUUACUGCUAUCAGUGUCGAUAGAUAUAUUGCAAUUGUUUAUCCACUUAAACCUCAUAUAACCAAACGAAAUGCCGUAACUCAAAUACUAAUUGUAUGGCUUUUGGCGAUAUUGGUUGCGAUGCCGUGUCUUGUGUUUGGAAACACACUAACCAUUACUUAUGAUAACAACAAAUCCCGAACCAUAUGUCUUCUUGAAUGGCCCGACGGUUUGUCCGGACAAUCAAAGCUUGAUUUCAUAUAUAACAUAACCUUUUUAUUGAUGACAUAUAUUGUUCCCGUGUCUACAAUGGCAAUCGCCUACUCAUUGAUGGCUCGGGUAUUAUGGGGUUCACAAGAGAUCGGUGAGGGGGGCGCUAACUCAUCGCAGCGUUUAUUGAUUCAAUCAAAGCAAAAGGUGGUCCGUAUGCUUAUCUGUGUUGUGUCAGUAUUUGCUAUUUGUUGGCUGCCAUAUCACUCGUACUUCUUGCUCACCUAUCAAUGGCCACAACUGAUAGUCACCCAAUACAUCCAACACAUCUAUUUGGCCAUCUAUUGGCUCGCAAUGUCUAAUGCUAUGUUUGAUCCUAUAAUUCUGUUACUUAUGAAUAAAAGAUUUCGUCGAUAUUCUACUAAUUAUUUGUUACUAAUUUGUGGAAAUAAACGACAGAUUAAUUUAGAUUACGGAACAAACUCUGGAUUAAGAGAUAAACAAACGAUUAAAAGUCGAAAUAAAGUCAAUAUAAAUGUCGAAAAUCUCUAA